GCCGGAUUUAUGUGAGAUACUUUAUCAGUUCCGUGAUACAAUAGUGUCUUCAUCUGUAUAUUAGAGCAGGUAUAUUAUCUUGGUAUACAGCCCACAGGAAAAGCAGAAGAGAAGCCGAGAAGUCCCCGUCCAUCCAGCAUGAAGGACCUGCUCGCACUGCUCUGCAUCGUCUAUGUUCUUGUCAUCUCAGUGGAAAGCUUGAAGUGUACGUCCUGUUUAAACCCAAAUGGAGAAACAUGCAGCUCCGCAGAGUCUAUAGAAUGUGAGGACGCCUCCGGAUGUGUCACGGUCGCUGGGUUUACACGGUUCAAUUCCACCAAAUACCCAUUUAUCUACAAAGGCUGCCCGAUUGACAUCAAGUGUGGAGAAUGGCUCUGCGUUACAAGUGGGGAACUUGACUUCCAGUCCUAUAUAAACUGCUGUAAAGGAGAAAAUUGUAACCCGGAAUAUUUCAUGCCUUUCGAUGAUGUGGCAGAAAAUUGCGUCACCUGCCCGUAUUGCUAUGAAGAAAACAAUGUUGAUGGGUGCAAAUCUGAGACUGAAGUGAAAUGUAGGGGAAAUGACACCUUAUGUGUAGAAUAUCGAGGAAAAAUCAGGAAACCAGAUGGAUCCCAGCCAGGAACAUCUUUCAAGUCUUGCGCCAACACUCUUGGAUUCAACAAUUUCUCAGCAUUUUAUGGCGUACAGGAAAUUGAUAGAAAAGUAUUCAGACUAGUGCAACCCAUUAAUGUGGAACUAAAAUCAUCUACUCCCUGCUCCGAUAAUUAAAGGAAUCUAUCCGGUCCUUCUGACGUACGUUUUGGCCCCUUGCGUAGGGAUGUGAUGACUGUUCUACGUUACUUCAUGACUAUAAUGUCUUAAUCUAAUUAAAUCUAUACUCAGUGUCCAUGAAAUCAUGUAAUAAA